AUGACGGAGGUGGCGCUGUUCCGGGGCCCGACCAACCUCGCUUCGCCCGCAAGCCGCGGCUCCUCCUCCUCCUCCUCCUCCUCCACCUCCCUGCGCUAUUUAGCCGAUAGCGACGUGCUCCAGAGAGGCACCACCAGCAGCGCCCAGAGCCCUGCAGGAUCCGCGGAGCGACAGGCUGGAGGAUCGGAGGAGGAAGAGGAGGAGGAGCGCUGGUCCUUCUUGGCGCUGCUUCUCGAGCUGCUGCGGAAGUCGCUGCUCCGGUGCAGAGCGGAGGACGGCGGCCAAGGCCAGGGCGGGAUGGAGAUAGGGUUGCCCACGGAUGUGCAGCACGUGGCGCACGUCACGUUCGACCGGUUCCAUGGAUUCCUCGGGCUCCCCGUCGAGUUCGAGCCCGAGGUGCCCCGCCGCGCUCCCAGUGCCAGGUCCGUCGCGCUCUCUUCUCUGUCUCUUCUCAUGUUCCUUCAUCACCAUUCUCCUUUUGAACGCACAGUUGCACAUGCAUUACCUGGCACGCUAAUGACCCCUUUUAAGGAACACUCUGAUUCAAACUUCAAAUGCAGUGCUAGUGUCUUCGGCGUUUCAACACAAUCGAUGCAGUGUUCAUAUGAUUCCAGAGGAAACAGUGUUCCAACGAUUCUCUUGAUGAUGCAAAGACGUCUGUAUGAACAAGGAGGUCUUCAGGCAGAAGGUAUUUUUCGUAUAAAUGCGGAGAAUAGCCAGGAAGAGUUUGUGAGAGAUCACUUAAAUAGUGGAACUGUGCCGGAUGGCAUUGAUGUUCACUGUUUGGCGGGUCUAAUCAAAGCCUGGUUUAGGGAACUGCCGAGUGGGGUGCUGGAUUCUAUCCCACCUGAACAGGUGAUGCAAUGCCAAUCUGAAGAGGACUGUGCUCGGGUUGCCAAAUGCCUUCCACCAACUGAAGCAGCCUUACUUGACUGGGCUGUUAAUUUGAUGGCUGAUGUUGUCCAAGAAGAACAGAUAAACAAGAUGAGCGAUCGCAAUGUUGCUAUGGUGUUCGCACCAAAUAUGACCCAGAUGGCAGACCCUUUGACUGCACUGAUGUACGCGGUGCAAGUGAUGAAUUUCCUCAAGAUGCUAAUACAGAAGACCCUCAAGGAUAGAGAAGAGUCCAAUCUGGAAGAUGCCUCUUUGCCACAGAAGGACCCAUCUGAUGAAAAUGGCCAUCAGAACCCCAGUCUCCCCGUUAAUCCUCAACCUGAAGAAACAUCUGGGCGCCCCUCUUUUGUCAGCGAGGAGCCUAUUGUGUACAGUCCUACACACAGUGCUGAAGACAAGCCUCCUGUGGAAGGCGAUUCCAUAGCUUCCGUUGUCCAUACAAGUGAUGUCCGGUCGAGCGUGGAAGGGUCCGCUAGUUGCUCGCAGCCUGCUCUUGUCGCUUCGUCUGCCAUUGCUGAUGCUUCCUGUGCUACAGCUGCCAACUUACUUCCGAGCAGAGGGAGCCGAGGCCUGAAUAGCAGGAGGACUAGAAAGGGCAAGCGGCAGUGCGGAACGCCCGCCGCUCCUCCAGCUGAAAAAUCGAGGGGCGCGAGCAUCGUGAGCCGGAUAAACUCCAAGGUCGAACGGAUCGAAGCGUGGAGGUAG